ACUUAGCUAGCAAGGAGCAAGGCAGCAGAGAGAUCAAGUACUUCAGAGAGUAGCUAGACUGAUGAUUUAACUUAAUGACAGUGCAAUUAACAGAGACAGUCUGUGCUGCCGCAUGAGGAUGACCGCGGGGCUCUGAAUUUUUUUUUUUUUUUUUUUUGCGUGCUUCGUUUGGUCCAAAAAGAGCCAACUAAAGCGUGAAGGCGUGUGCAAUAACGUGAUUAGUGGCUGAUGUGUUGAUUGAGUGGGUUAGCCAGAUACGCUAACGCUAACCACACAAGCUGGCUAGCCAGAUUUGCAGAUAAAUAGACAAAAUGGAGGACUCCAGCAGCAGCAAGCCCUUCGUGAUGACAUCUUCGCUUAACUUCAAAGUCACCACCCCAUCCUUCUAUAACCAGCCGAAGAAGUUUGCCUCUGUGGCACCACCCCGCCCCAAAAGUCAGACACCUCCUUCAGCUCCAUCCCCGACACCGGCCAGCACAGCUGUAAUUGGUCGAGUUGGAGAGCUGCCUCCACCUCCACCUUUGCUCUGUGAAGACUUCCCACCCCCUCCUCCUCCAGUGGAUGAUGAUUUGCCAGCCCCUCCCCCUGAAUGCCAGAUCACAUCCCUUGCCUCUGAUGCCUCUCCUCCUGCCUUCCCUGCUCCACCUCCAGUGGCAGAUGACCUGCCCCUCCCAGCUCCCCCUGAGGAAAGUGCCUGUUUGCCCACCUCUCCCUCUCCCCCUCCUCCCCCACCCCCACCACCCCUUCCCUCUUCUGGUACCAGUAUCCCCAGUGCUGUUGGGAACCCACAGAGGCUGGUGGAGAAGCAGACGAGCUUUGACAAACAGCUUGACUCUCUAACUGACCUUCUGUCAGAGAUGGAGACCCGGGGACCUUUCAACCCCAAGUUACCAAGCCAGUAUUCUUCAGCACCAGCACCCAAGCCCUCAGGACCUCCCCCGACAGCUCCCAAACCGACCCUGUCCUUCCUCCCCCCACCAGAGAUGGGAGACCGCCCACCUCCCGCACCCUGGGCAGAAGAACUCAAAGCCAGAACAAACCGACAGGCCAAUCAUAACUCCGCACCAGGUUCUGCACCAACCCCUGCUGCUCAGCCGUUUGCCAAGGCUCCAGCUGUGGCUCCCAAGUCUGGUUUUGGAGGGAGAACAGCAACCUCAGCAGCUGCUCUGGCACAGAAACUGAACCAGAACCUGAACCACACCCCUACCCCAUUUGGUGAUGCACCAAAACCUUCGCCUGCUCCUGCCACCAGCUCAUUCCCGCCUCCUCCCGCUGCACCUCCUGCUCCACCAAACAAUAUGGCAGCUCCCCCUGCCACCAAUCACAUAAAGAGCACUCCUGUUGCCAGUCAGGAGAAUGCUAACCCUUCUCCUCCUGCUCCUGUGCCUCCUCCUCAGUCCAAGACGAUGCCAUCUCCACCCUCUCCCUUCAGCCAACCAAUGAAAACUGCUCCUACAUCAACGCAGCCCUCACCCCCUGGCCCAGGCGCUGUCCCAGGUGGUGGUGUUCCUCUCUCCAUGAGGGAAGUAGAAGAGUUGGAGAGAAUGACCAAGGACUUCAUUAAAGACAUGGACACGCAUGCACCUGUCAUCACCUCACCUCCCACAGAGGUCUGUGGGAAGUGUGGUGAGGCUCUGUCCCGUACUCAGCCAGCAGUGAGGGCCAUGGAUAAGCUCUUCCACUCCAACUGCUUCUGUUGCAUGACCUGCCAUCGCCCCCUACAGGGCAUGCAGUUCUACGACAGGGAUGGCUCACCUCAGUGUGAGGACUGCUAUAUGAAUUCACUGGCGGUUUGCUCUCGCUGUGGGGAGAGGAUCACAGACCGAGUGCUGAAAGCGGUCGGCCAGUGUUUCCAUGCCCAUUGUUUCCGGUGCAGCACCUGCUCCUGCAGCCUGGAGGGGGCGCCCUUCAUCACUGAUGACAACAACAACCCCUACUGUGUCCAGGAUUACCACAGGCGUUUCUCGCCUCUGUGUGUGAGCUGUAACGAGCCCAUUGUUCCAGCUCCAGGCAGCGAGGAGACGGUCAGAGUGGUCGCCCUCGACAAGAACUUCCACCUCAAGUGUUACCGCUGUGAGGACUGUGCCCGUCCCCUCUCCAUAGAAGCGGACGCAGAUGGCUGCUAUCCAUUGGAUGGUAAAAUCCUGUGUAUGAAGUGCCACACCCAGCGAGCCAAGCGGGCAUCGCAGUGAUCAGUGGAAACAUCUGUCACUCAGUAAAACUAUGAACCAAAUCCAAAAGCACAGGAUUCAUUCAGUUGCCAUUUUGCCUUUGCAACAGGGCUUUAUAUAUGUGCGCAGGUGUGAGUGAGAAUGAAUGUGCUGUUUGAAUGAGAAUGUUUGCAUGCACAGUGUAGUGCUCCCUUGUCUCAUGUGCUCCCAGUGCAGAAGUAAUGUACUGCACUGACAUCCCUCAACUGUUACUCCCAAUCUUCUAUUCUCUAAUCUCUCCUUCUAGCCUUCGAGUGACAGAGCAUAGUCUUCGCGGCCGUUCUAUGUUUACGCUAAAUCUCUCAGCAUAACUUGCACAAGAACAGCUUGGUCAAAAGAGCAGUCUCAUCAGACAUCAAUCUAAAGCUCGCUCCUUUCCUCACCUCCUUUGUCACACACCCUUAUGUACCAAUACCUGUAUUUGCAUCGUAUUGUUGUCACUGACUGAUCUCCUGUCCUAUGAGUGGUAUAACGGAGAAAGGCAUGAGUGGUCGUGAGUGAUUGAAUUGAUGAUUGAAGACAUUGAGAUAUGCUGUAGCCGUAGCGCAUUGGAGACCCCCACACCCCCCGAUCUCAGCUCUCUGUUCAGAUGCUGGUAGAGUAUACCUUUAGCACUUUGGCAGAUGUAGUGCCUGCACGCACUGUUGAUGUUGCUUUGCUGCCUUGAAAGUGCAUUCUAUCAGCCAUUCUACUCUGAUAGUAUUUGUAAUUCAUUUAGGGCUAUAACUUGACUGCAAAAAAAAAAAGAUGAAAACGGUGAAUGUUUCUCAGUUUUUGUGAUGUGAAUUUGUUCAUUUACAGGCAUGCAUUAUUAAAACAUUACUCAUGUUGCUCUCCUUAUUUGAUUAUACAUAUGAGGGGAAGAUUAGAUCAGAUUAACUGCUUUCUUGUUUUUGAAAAAAAAAAAAAAAAUCAGUGUGAGUCCAGCGUGAUAAGUAUUUUAAAUGCACGUUUUUAUAUGCACAAAUUAUGAACAAACAGAUAAGAAGUUUGCUAAGCACAGAUUCCAUUCCAGGAUCUUAUCAGAUAAAAUGAUUGUAGUUGUUAUAAAUGUCAGCUGCAUGGCUGAAAACAGGACCUAUUGUGUGAUCAUUGCACAGUUCCAUAGUGUUAACCUUUUUGGUGAAAAGACAUAUGGAAAGAAAAACCAUUUUAGUCUCACUUUUGACUCUAAAGCCACAGCACAGGAUACAUUUUGUUAAAGCGCACAGUGUCAAUAAACAUGAUGCAAGACCUUUUGGAAAAUGCCUUUGCUUUGCAUCUACAGCUGUAAAGAUCAUUUUUGAACCUUUUUAUGAAGUGUUAUGGUCACACAUGCACCAGAACUAAAAUAAAUAGCUAAUCCUGGUAACAAGAUAAUACAGUAAUCAUCAGCUUUGAGCAUUAUUCCAGCAGAAAACAGAACAUUGACUGUAGCACAUAGUGACCAAAUGAGCUGUUCAUAAGAUUGACCUUAGUAAAACACACUUAUGUAGAGUUCACUAUCUGUUUUGUGGCAUUCACUUACAUGUUUUGUAUCACUUUUGUUUGUGUUGGGGCCCAGUAUAUUGGUCUUGUUCUUUUCUGAUAUUAAUACCACUAUUUUUCCAUUAUUCAUCUAUUGAAUCUUUUUUACAUUGUCAAUUAUUUACUGCUUUAUUCUUCUUAUAACCCUACUGUACUAUAUUUCAUUGGUUUUAUUUUUAACCGGGUGAUGUGCCUUCUCAACUCUUGUAUUAUGUUGUUCCAUUCUCAUUGAGCCUUGUUUGCAUCCAUUUUAAUUCAUUCCU